GGAAUCGCAGUUCACAAAUCGUUCCGGCAAGGCUUGACUCGAUUCGAUUCCGGAAAGGCAUAUGUUUCCUCCCGAUAAAACAAGCUCACUGGACGCUAUCUGAGCGUGCGAGCGAGCGAGCUGUGCUGGUUUUGGGAAGAUUAUCGGUUUCAAUGUUUUAUAAAUAAACAUACAUCCCCUUCUAAAUAAACAUGCCUCGGAAGUGAGAGCUGGGCGAUUGGAAACAAGAUGAGUGCAGACUACUGUGGCCUACCGACUCGGGCUUUUAUCGGCCUCUCCUAAAAAGCCCUGCCGAAGAGGGGCCGCCUGUUCCGGUGAGUUUUUUACUAUCUGCCCUUCAUCUCGGCCGGCCCCAAUGACAAAGGAGCUUGAGCGAGAGCAUCGAGGCAAGACGCCGGGGUCGGCCGACUGCAACGGCCAUACUCAGUACACCGAAGAUGUGGAGGUGGACGAGGUGGACAAGCUGAAGGCCAAGUUGAUCUCCGUGUGGAACAAUGUGAAACACGGAUGGGUUGUAAAAACGAAGACCAGCUUCAAUCGACAUUCCCCCAUCUGUCUGCUUAGCAAGAAGUAUUACUGCAUCUCAAAAGAUGGCACCAGGAAGCCGGGGGGCGGUGCGCAGCCGGAGCAGGUCUCGGUGACACCGAGUUGGAACGUCGAUGGCGGUGGCGAGAGACGCGGUGGGACGACGCCCCCCGCGGCUUGCGCCGACUUCACAGCGUUCCGCCGGGACUUUGCGACACGCGUCUGGAUCACGUACCGGCGAGAGUUCGCCCAGCUGGAGGGCUCCAGCCUGACCACGGACACGGGCUGGGGGUGCAUGCUGCGCAGCGGGCAGAUGCUGUUGGCGCAGGGGCUCAUGCAGCACCUGCUUGGCCGAGACUGGCAGUGCAGCGAGGCCAUACAUCUCUUGGAGUCGGAGAACGAGUCGCAGAAAAAGAUGCAGUCUCCUCCAGGAGAUUCUGACUUCCUGGUGGUGGGAGUGGAGCAUGCGGGCAGUCAUGUCUACGCACAGCCUGCGAGUGUUCUCCUUUCGUCCGAUGACCAAGAGGCCAUCUUGGCAGAGGUUGCUGUCCACCGGAAUAUCAUCCGCUGGUUUGCAGACACGCCAGACGCUCCGUUCGGCAUCCACAACCUCGUGCGUCUCAGCAGGAGUUCGAGCAAGCGAGCGGGCGACUGGUAUGGACCGGCCAUCACGGCCCACAUCCUCAAAAAGGCUAUUGCAGAAGUUGAAGCUAAACUUCUGCACAAUACAGUAAUGUACGUGGCGCAGGACUGCACAGUGUACAAGGGCGAUAUUAUGGACCUGUGUCGGGCGGAAGCCAGCGACGUAGCAGCCGGCCAGAGCCAUGCCACCCACCCGAAGGGGCCCGAAUGGGACAGUGAACUAGUCGUGGGGGGAAAUCCCAGCCCGGCCGGCAACUCGGAGCAAGACAGCGGUUGGAGGUCCGUGUUCAUCCUCAUCCCUGUGCGGCUCGGCGGAGAACACUUCAACCCGGUGUACAUCGCGUGUGUGAAGGGCAUGCUGGAGAUGGACAGCUGCAUUGGAAUCAUCGGAGGCAAACCAAAGCAUUCCCUCUACUUUGUUGGCUACCAAGAUGAUGACCUCAUUUACUUGGAUCCACAUUAUUGCCAGCCAAUGGUGGACUUCACCCAGCCAGAUUUUCCAGUUGAUUCAUAUCACUGCUGUCCACCGCGAAAAACAGCAUUCACCAAAAUGGACCCAAGCUGCACUCUGGGAUUUUACUGUCGGACCAAAGAAGACUUCACUGCAUUCUGUUCCACUGUGACGCAGGUGCUCGCAACGCCGUCGCAAACGUGCGGCGCGCAUUCCGGCAGGACGCCGCAGCAGGAGAGCUACCCGGUGUUCAGCUUCGUCGAGGGGCACAGCAGCGACUACGUGGAGGAUGAGCCACGCCCGGAGCGGCGCGUCAGACUGCUCCACAUUUCGCCCAAGAGCGGGAAUUUCGUCAAGCACGGCUCCUCCGAGGACUUUGUCCUUCUGUGACCCGUGGUGGCGUUUGCACUGGGGUCCAUCGCAAGCGUCGCCGCCCUCUGCCCAAGAGGUCUAGCGGACUGUGUAGCACUUACCUCCGCUUCUCUCUGUGCCGUCGUUGGUCUCGCUGCCUCGUUUAAUCUGCAUCUCCGUCUGUUAGCUAAUGUCAUCUGUCCGUUGUCUGCCUUGCGAUCUCUGACCAGGUAUGCAUCCUUAUGGCCUUGAUUAGACAACCUCCAUGUUUUGUGGAUGUUGUCAUGAAAUGAUAGUUUGUGUCUUUAUCAUUGGUGACAUUUCCCUCUUCACUCUGGAGUGUUAUCAACACCCAUUCGUUCGUUUCGUGUCGCUUCCCGAGCAGUCCCCCGUUUUUAUAGCCCCGGUCUUUCGUGUAAGUGUUUUUUACCAAGUGCGUAUUUCAUACGGGUGCAACUAAUCACAUCUCAGAAACUCGCUUGGUGUUUGCACUACAGGGGAAAUUAUGUACCGCAUUGCGCUGUUCUCUUCAAAAUUAUAUUGAUACGGAUUCGGAAAAAACGAGCUUGCGUCGAGUUGUCGUAGUUUUCAUUUUUUUUAUCUGUUAAUGCCCGCAACCGGUCAACGACCACGGAUGGAGUUAAGGAACUUCAGCCCUUUCCAGUGAAUUAUCGCAGCUGAAUUAUUGUGCGAGCCAUCGCAGGCGGUGAUGUUUCCGCGAUUAAUGGAUUACAAAGCCGUGGGCAUUCCGAGUCGGGCCACGCAUUGAGAAUGUCUUCUCUCAAGCUAACUGCGGUCACGUUUUUUUCACGGAGUUCAAUUCCAGAGACGAAUCGAUCAACACGUGGCCCCCAACCCCGGAAGACCACAUCUCGAUUCACGAGAGGCUAUAAAACCCCUACGCGUGAAAUUGUUAGUGGGCUUUGUUGUACAGCAAACAGAACGAAAUGACGCCCUCGAUUGUAACCGUUGUUCUCUUGCAGGCAGGGGCGGAGCCAGGGUUUUGACUUCGGGAGGCGGGGGGGGGGGGGGGGCU